GCCUGUAAUAAUUUGUUCAUUGAUUGUAGUGAAUAAUGUCCGACUUUGUGACCACCGUCUUGGGGGAAGAAAACUCUCAAAAAGAUAGAGUGGCAGCAACAGAGUUCAAAGUAAGCUGAUCGUCUUUGUUGAAAACAAUGUCGUUCAAUAAAUUCGUAAACAGCAGAUCAAAAACAUUAGUGAAAACUAGCAUGAACGAAUGAUGUAAUAUUGAUCAUUCAGUCAGUCAUCAUCAUAACUACCGGCACACGUGUAGUAGAGAGGUGGUUCAUUCAUCAAUGCAAAAAAAAAUUGAAGUUUCACCCGGAGAGAGCCACAAUUUAUAAAGAUCCAUUUGCUUUCAAUGUUGUAAGCGUAGGAAAAGUUUUUUUAUGUGAUCUUGUUCACUCGGCACGUGUAGUACGUACAUGACGAUUUGCAGUUUAAAUUUACGCAUGAUAAAGACCUACAUCUAGACAGUACAUUGAGUGACAGGUUGUAAAGGUUUUGAUAUAAAUUUUAAAUUUUGAUUUGAUAUGAAUACGUUGAGUUACAGGUUGUAAAGGUUUUGAUAUAAAUUUUUAAUGUUGAUUUAGUAUUUAAGUCAUGUUUGAUAUUGUACCCAUCUUUGUCUUUUUAUAGGUAACAUCUUCAAGUCCCAUUAAAGCCUGAAUUUUUUUCUAGGCUUCUUUUCUGCUCUUGCUCAACCCUUUCACUCCCAGAUCUGAUUUUAAAUUCUUUCCUUUAGCUUGUACUCAUUUCCUUGCAAAUUAGUCACAUGAAUUUGGUGUUAAAUCAAGACAACAGCAUCUACUUGAUAAGUUGGAAUAUUCUCAUUACCUGUUUUCUGGAUAAUGUAUGGAUAUUAUAGGGAGAAGGCAUAUGGCAAUCACCACUGGGAGCCAAAGAUUUGAGUUGCAACUUACCUGGGAUGGUCAUAAUUGUACCUGAUCAUUUCUUUUAUUUUUUGUUAUAUUUUGCAGCGACCAAGUUGUCAUAUCUUUUUUGAUAAGUUCAGAAUCUGCCGAUGUAAGUGUUACCACUUUUUACCUCAUUGUCAUCAAUGUCUUGUCAUUGAUAUCUUAUGAUAAACACAAAUUAAUUAAAAAAAAAUGAGUAUGCCUUAAAAUGUUAGGAAGUUUAAAAUGUUGAUUUUUUGCUGACAGCAUCCUGGAACCAGUUCCACAAAUACUACAUCUAUGGCAGUAUGGAAGACUGUUCAAUAUAUUUUCAGGCCUUCCGUAGCUGUUUAUCAUACACAUUUACAAAAUCCCCAGAAGCAAAGGUUUGUUCAUUUAACUCUUUUUCCCACAAAGAGCAGUGUUCUCCCUUAUUUUAUGCAUAACAGGUAAAAUAAAUUUUCAAACCAGUAAAGUAAUCCUUUUACCUGUUGAAUUUUCAAGAAUUCCAUGCAAUUUUAAAUGGUAAUGAGGUACUUCAGGCAGUAAAUGUUACCGGUUACUGCCUGAAAAGGAGAACUCUGUAAGAGUGACUGACAUCUAAUUUCCCCAACAACAUUACCUCAGAGUCACGCAUGAAAAUGAUGAGGAUGAAAGACAUGAUAACCAAUGAAAGAAGCUGUUGAUUUUUAAACAAAUUCUCCUUGUAAACAACCUAGGAAAUGUAUGGAGAACAGUAUGGAGAAUAUGCAUACUGAUGUUGGGGGUGUAAAGGGUUAAUACAGAAGAAAAAAAACAGUGCUUGCAAUGUAUAAUACAAGUUUGGCAUCCAAGUCAAAAUGUAAUUCAAAUUCAAAAUUGUUAGCAUAGCUCAGUGGGAAUUAGUCUUGUGAAAAGGUUGGCAUCUGAUCAGGGUGUAACUCUGAGACUUCAGAUCAUAACAUUUAAUGAGAGAUGCUCCUUACUCUGAGUUAAAAUGAUAAUUUGUGGUAUCAAGUUGUGAUUGGGCAAUCUCUUCCACAUGGAUUUGUCUUAUAGUGGAGAUGUUACAAAGUACAGGUAACUUAAAAUGAGUUUAUUUUUGCAUAAUGAUGAAAAAAAUAUUUUUUUUAUUUUUUAGGCAAUAAUGCAGGAAGCUUUGGAAAUGGAUGAAAUAAAAUUUACAUCAUUUUCAGUGUGGGAAAGAAGAGAGAAUCCUAGUGAACAUUGGAAUGACAAAAGUUAA